GCGGAUUCAGCGCAUCCGUGGUUCAAACUGGCUGUUUAUAUUUUCAUGGAGGAAUGGUCGGUAGGCAGGAAAGAGGAUGUUUUGGCAUGUCUAAUGAUGAGGUCGUACGUGCAAAAGCGUGUGGUUAAGCGGUAUAGGGAAGACUUCUCGAAGCUGCCGCUUGACUAUGCAGUUGCCCUGGACGAGGACAACGACGAGGACGAGGAAGGAGGAAGUGUCGGUCCGCAUGACGACGGCGGUAAUGAAUCAGAUGUGGAAGUUGGGGAUGACAACAUGCAGGACCGGGGCGCGCUUGCUGACGAGGACGCCGACACGCCAAUGCAUGGUUAUGACAUCUCCCCCGCCGGCGCAGUGGGAGCCGCACGUGGUCAGCCCUCGACGUCCUGUGAGAUUUCGUUAUCGCAAAGCAGGAGUAAGGGUGGGCAUGACUCACAUGCAAUGCAAGGACCGAAGGCGAAGAAAAGGACAAGGGAGACUUCUCCGUCUGCUUCUACUCACAAGAGGCAAGCCAGGACUGACGUUGUUAAUGAGGCUCGUGGAGCUUUGAUAGCGUCCCAGGAGGCGCGGCCUCCUCGGAAAAACAGCCAAGGGGGGCAAUCUGGGGGUCAAGGCGGUGGCCAUAGGGGCGGUGGCCGUGGCGGGGCGCGGAAACGCUCCCAGAGGGCGAGACCACAAGAGCUGCGGGACUUGGGGGAUGAGGGCGAGGGAGUGGAUCCUCGCAUGCCCGAAGAUGCUGAUGAGUCGGUUCAGCGCGUCGUGCCCAUCGACACUACGCGUUGUUUCUUCCUCAAGUACGACGACCAAGGCUUUGCUACGCAAGACGUCUAUGCUCUUCGUGUGGACGUCAUGAGAAUCAAACGCAUUCCCCGCGGAAGGAUUCUUUUCAACCACUGCUCGUUGUCUGAAAACAUUGUGCGAGGCAUCGAGAAUGUCAUCGAAAGCUCCAUCAGCACGGACCCAGGGGCAUGGGAUAGGCCCGAGCUCGUGCUUGCGCCUGUUGACCGCAAUGACAUUGUCGGCGGCCAGGGAAGACGGAUCACGCCGACCGAAUUCUUGGAAAGGGACCCGGCAGAGUUCAACUGGUACGCUGCCUGUGGUCAGCAUACUGUUGAGGCCAUGAAGAGGUUGGUCAGAAAGGACUCCCCGACAGUUAAAGUUUAUGGCCUCAACGCGUACUCUAAGUGUGGCCUCGAGAGGUUCUUCGAGAUGUUUAACGAAGGAAAGCUGUCAGUUGGCGAUGGCAAAAUCCCGCUUGACAUGCCCGGGAGGAUGAAAGGCCGCCUGUUAGGCCCGUACACCGACGAGACCAAGGGACAAAGAACAUUGUACCAUUGCGUAUACGCAACAGAUGGUCCCAAAGGCUCCACCGUGUCGUGGAAGGAUCUCUGUCCUUCCUACUUCAAAAAUUUUGGGGAUUUGACAUGUCGUGAGAGGGAAUUUGCGUUGCUCCUGCUCAUGAAGGGAAAGGCGGUCGCAACGAACGUCAAGGUUUUGCCUCCAAGAGUGAACACAGAGUGCCUCCUCGACAUCAUGCGAAAGAAGCGGUACAUGGUGCGUAUGUUCAAUUAUGUUCUGUUCCACGCGGAGGGAAGGGCGGACGACGAAUGGAACGACGCGUUCUUCAUGUCGUACAAGGACCUUGAAGACAGGUAUGGGCCAAACGGUCUGUGCGCUGCUGAAUGGGAGAAGGAACGGGACAAUUUACAUGUCAAUAAGGUGAAGAUGGUCCCUCGACGACUUGGAGGAGUGGAGGAGGCAAGGCGAGGUACAGGCUUGGGGCCUACGGCGGCAAAGUAUAAGGAGGCUCCGUUUCACCUUAAGGUCUUCAUAUACACUGCAAUCGAUAAGCUCGAUUUGCUUCGCGCCGAGGUGAAACGGAUCGCCUCCAGCACGCGUCAUAUUGUAUGGGACAAGUUUGGCAAACAAAUGACGUUGCUACCUGUGUGCAUGCCAUCGAAGGAAGUGUUGGCGGUGCCAGACGACAUCGUCGCUGCAGCGCUAAAAAUGACAUGCAGGGCCGCCAUCGUGAACAUCCCAUCCUCGAACUUCAGCACGACGUGGACCUCUCACGAAUUUGAUGCCUUGCACACACUGAUGACCAAGUGUUGUGGCCAGAAUUGGGUCCUUUUCUUCUUUGCGCCACAGAAGGUGCAUAACGAUGUUCUACGUCACUUGUUCCGUUGGGAGGACGUCGAAGUCAUCCCCGGGACCUGGAAACGGGUGGACAGGCCGCCGAACGACAUCACACGAUACAGCAAUAUGGCUACUAUGAGUCGAGAUAUGAUGGCCAUUGUCCUGCACGCCGAGGGAGGGGAUCUAAAAAAAGUAACUGUCAAACCGCGACUCCACAACGACCUCACAACCGUGCACGUUGUGGAGGAGAAGUUCGGAAAGUGUCAAGGAAAACACGGUGGGAUAGAGGGCGAUGAUAGUGCGGUGUAUUCCAUCUUGAAGCGAGAGCCUGGAAAAUUGCGUUCGUUGUGCGGGUCAUUUGUCGGAGAGGCGGAAGGUGUGCUUUUGUUGGGUAGAGUGCACGCAGGUCUUGUGUGGGAGUUAUUACUCGCAGGUAAUAAUGUCAUUGCCUGCGACGAGUCGGCCAAGGACAUUGCAUAUCUGACAAAGUUCGUCGAUAUACUUGUGAAGGAUGAGAGAUUCGCCUGUCAUGUCGAGAAGCCACGUUGCAAACAUCGUAGCAACAGGGACAUGUUCCACAAGCUGGGACGCAAGAGACUGAAGGUGUGGGAAUACCUGUUUCGCGAUGCGCCGCAAGGACGGCUUGACGGGAAUUACAUCUACAGGAAAACAAAGGAGAAUCCGGGGCAGAGCGAGGGCACUGUCAAAGACAAGGCCAAAGAAUUGUUUUCUGUAUUGCGAGACAAUCAGCAGUUGGAGUACAGUUGGAAAUUUUACGCCCUGCGAACGAGUCCCUCAUGUGGGUCAAUCGACUGGAAGAUCAAUCAAACUAUCGGAACCAUGAAGGAGAGCAGCUCUCAGGAUGCCGUGCCUUUGUCGGCAUCGCCCCCCGUACCCACGCAGGCAGGGCAGAGCGAGGAUGACAGGACUACUGUGGUGAAGAUUCAAGAGGUUCAUAUGACGUCUAUGUCGCAAAUCUCCGUCGCCACGACAGAACUGUCCAAACGCAUGGAUGUGUCAAACGCAUUGUCAUCAGAUGCAGGUGCCACGUACGGGAGUUUAUUACUGACAUGCGCCGCAUUAGAAGGCACAUCCGAAAUGCAGCCAGAGUCAGCUGUUGGCCUAAGCGUGUCGGACAGUCAGUUGCAACGGGAGUUAUGCACAGGCAAAGGUGAUGCAUAAUCACCGCUGACACCACAGGGAGGGGCCGCUGCGGAUGGUGGGAAGGGAGGGGAUGUGGAGAGAAUCCUCCAUCCUCGCAAUCUUGAGACCUUAACCGAUGUUUUUGAUUAUUGGGGUGAGGGUGGAAAUGACGUGGUCAAUGCGAGGGGAGUGUGAAAUGAUCGGUGAGGCGGGAGGGGGGCAAUGGAGAGGGAGAAACCAAUGAUAUGAUUACAAUGUUAUUCUUUUUUUUUUUUAUUGAAAUCGCACAAUUGACUCGUUUGUUUUUAGUUUCAAAUGGAACUGGUAUUAGUUUUCGUAGGCACUACGACCACCUGAUUUUUUUUUAUGUAUAUAUAUAUUUUUCCUCAAUAUUACGUUCGACCUAAGAUGUUUAGGAUACUUGUCAUUUUCGA